GCUUUCUUAAUUUUAAAAUUUAGUUUCAUAAUAGCUCACUAAAAAAACUGGCAUCUUCUAUCAGGAACUGUGCCUGAUAAGAGGAAGCAUAAGAGGUGUUUCGCUUCCCACUCUGCCUGUGACUUAAGACACAGAUCUUAUCCCCGGUCUGUCUUUGGUUAAGCAUUACUCACUUACAAACCACCACACUUCCUGAAACAACUUACAUCUUGUUAAUACAUCUUUGUCUAAGCUGGGGGGUGGCCUAAGGUAAUCUGCACAGCAAAAUAUACUGCUUCUACAUGUUGAAAAUAGCCCCAGGCAGACAAGUUUAUUUUAAAUAAGAACUAAAGGUUUAUGGGUGUGAAUUAGCUGUCAUGCGGCUCUCUUACAGCUGUAAACUAACAAGUGGAGAGUCGAAAGCAAUACAUUUUAAACGCCUAUCAGUGCUACGUUUGAGCAAGGCAUUGAGCCUACGUGUAGUUGAACUUUGUUCUGACCUCUGUUUUUGGAUGAUACCUGGGAGAGAAGUGCAGAGAGAACAUCUCAACAUCUACUGUGUAUGGUUUUGUAGCAUUUUUGCUUCAUGUUAAGGUCAGUAAAUGGUUGUUUGUAGCAGUUUGCAUGGAAAUUAAGGUGAAAGUGGACAGUUAACAGAACACUAUAAACAAUGCUUUUUAAUUAUCAUUUAUUAAAUAUUUCAGGCAUCUGUGGAAACUCAGAGGAACACUUCAAAGUUAAGAACCAGGUUCACACAUGCAUGCAGACACAUAUAGUAGAGUGUAGAGUUUAUUUCCAUAAGUUAGAAUAAUACAAAAGUACAUUACAAUAACAAACAAUAUGGUGUGCAUGGGAGAGGCAGAAAGCCUAAAUAAAUAUUCAUGAUGAUACAGAGAAGUGGGGAAACAAUUAUAAAAUACAUUCAUUUUAUAAAGCUAUUGGGAAGAUGUAAUUUUAACCAACAGAGAAAAUGUAUAAUAAUGUAACACUGCUAUAUCUAAUUGAAAAUGUUCCUCGUUUUUCAUAUACACAGCACAAUGUGUUGUCUAUUUCCUUUUCAAAACCUAUUUGUUUAUAAUUGAUAUAAUUUUAUGUUCUGAAUUACUCUCAUAAUGUGACACACCAAAUUAUUUUCAGUAUUUUCAGUAAUUUUGUCUUUACAACAAAGCAUAAAAAUGUCUUUUCACAUUUAGGGUGGACAAUAUUAUGCAGGUCAUACCAGAUGGAUUCUCACCAUGGAUCCCCAUUACGCCCGCCCCAAAAUGUGUGAGAAACACCAUGUAAGAACUGAGACUGAGGGAUAGUAGAUGUAGUCACCUCACUACUUUCAUCCCCAUCAUUAUCUAGCUGUUCCCAUUAAGGCACUGCAGGGGGCGAUAUGUCCAGAACCACUGCAGCAGACAUGGGGUGAUCUACAACAGCACAAAACAAUAAUACUAUGAUAUGUGUCAGUUUGCUGUCAUGCUUGGUCCUUAAGACAUUCUAGUGAAAUACAUUUCAUAGAUUUUAUGAAGUCUUUAAAUCUGUUCAGAUAGCUGGGAAGUGGUGAAGGGAGAGACAGUGCUGGUGUGUUUGGAUAUGAGACCGGGCUACAUGAACAACAUUAUAUUGUAAUUUCAGAGCAAACACAAACCCUUCUGGUGCUUAUUAACAGUAGUGAGAUCAACAAUUCAUAUUUUCUCUGGAUCGCAAUCUAAGUAAAAUCAUGGAUGACGCUUUAGCUGGUGCCAGGUAAUUAGGACAUUCAUACAGUGUUUAUAGGUGAAGGUAUAAGCAUUAUAUAAUUGGCUUGCUAUUAUGUGUGAAUGUCUGUUCUAAUGUAUUUAUGACAGCUAAUCAGGCUUAGAGGAGCUGGGUCAGCGCAGUGUGUGUAUAUCUGUAAGCAGCAGGGUGGGUCAGCAUAGAGGAGCACAUGUGUAUUCUUCUGCUUUCAGCACCCUUUUUCUUCACUUUCCUGCACUCUUAAACUCAGGAAAUACAUUAAAUGGGAUUUACAGCUUCACUGUCCAACACAAACUCAAAAAGGCCGUUUAGAAUAAAUGUCGGAAACUUCGGAUGCAGAAGCUAACUCAACUUUAGUACUAAGACUCAUGCACAAUAUAUAUAAUUACUGCAAAAAGUAACAGCACGCAAAAGCUCGCAUACAGUGGCAAGAAGGUGACAUGAGGUUGCCACUUGGCCCAGUUUGGGCAUAGUCCUUCAUAUCUUCAGUGUGAUAGCUCAGGCCGAUCUCGGGGGUUCCCCCCUGGUGCAGGAUGAUGCCGACCUUGACCUCGCACAUACCAGUACCUCAGCCUUCAUACACCCAGGCCAGGGAGAACCUGGUGAAGGCUAUCCCACCCAAGCUGCUCUGUCUGCUAGCCUGUGGAGGAAUAGACUGCCGCUAUGAAGGACCAGAGUGCUGGAAACUAAAUCAACAGGUCAUUCGAGGCCUUUUCUCCUCCUGGGUGACAGAUGACAUUAUUGCCAUGACACGACCAUCCACUCAUCUAAUUGAGAAAUACAACAUCAUAGAACAAUUUCGAAGGUUGAACAUCAGAUCUAUCAUCAACAUGCAGGUGCAUGGAGAGCAUGCUCAUUGUGGACCGCCCCUAGACCCUGAAAGUGGUUUCACGUACUCUCCACAGAUCUUCAUGGACAAUGACAUUUACUUUUACAACUUUGGGAUGCCAGAUUUCGGUGUGUCCUCUCUCGCUGGUAUAAUUGAUGGGGUGAAGGUUUUGGCCUUUGCAGUGAGGGAAGGAAGAGUGGCUGUGCACUGCCAUGCAGGCCUGGGCAGGACAGGUGUCUUGAUAGCCUGUUACUUGAUCUACACCCUGCGCAUCAGCCCGAGUGAGGCCAUCCAUUAUGUGCGGGUUAAACGGCCUCGCUCUAUCCAAACCCGGGCACAGAUCGGCCAGGUGUUUGACUUUGCUCACCUGCUUGGUACACAGCUGGUCCAAUACCCAGACCUCAGCCUGCGACAUGGAGCCCCUUUCACCCUGCAGCACUACCUAAACCGACAGACGCUACUACUGCAUGGCCAGGAGGCUCGCACCCUCAGACAAACACCCAAGGUGGUGUACCUCCUGUGUGUGUGUCUCUCCUGCUUAGCCCUGGGUCUCCCUGCUCCUCCAGAGGUCCACGCUGAGCUGGAGAAGAGGUCAGCACUGAGGACCCUGAGCACGACUGUGAGGGAGACCCUGGUGGCCAAACAUUACUUGCCCUUACUGAGGCAGGGUCAUAAGGACUCGUGGGUGGGUUCAGGGUCAGUAUCCUUCUGGGAAGAGCCACUGGGAUUCUUGGAGAGGAAGAGAGAGGUGCUGCUGGACAAACGCAGCUACAGCGACUCUGACCUCAGCAAGAUUGCAGAUCUGGAGCUGAGUCCAUACUGCACCCCAGCACUUGGAAAUGAGAGAAACUGGUGUGCACAGGAUCUGAUACGGCCUGAUCUGAAGCCAGUUAGUCUGAUCCUUGCCACACUUUCACCAGGCCACCGGACUACCAAAAAGGAAUCUCAUACACUCAACAUCCCAAUAUCUAGCAUGAGAACAGGCAACAGCUGUGCUAAGAGGUCUAAGUGCACAGCUAAAAAGGCACUUCCCAAAUACAGCUCCAACAUUGAGUUGUGCAGAAAUCCACAUAAUCCAGGCCCAACCUCAGUCGCCCGUUCUGUUGCUAAGGCAAUGGCAGACCAUGGUCCUCCAGGAGAAACUAUUCUGCAAAGAUCGGCUCUGCUGCAGGAGGAGCUGAACAGUAGCGACUGUGGCUGGGCUCUGCUGGUCACUGAGUCAGAUCCUCAUGUUCUCAGUUGCUUGUUGUGGACCUGGCUGGACAAGUUAAGGGAGCCUGUUCUGAGUGCAGACGAUGUAGACAGGUUGAGUUGUGGAGCAAACAGCAGGAUGCCUCUCAGUGUGCUCAAGAAGCCACAGAGACACACCAUCUAUUGUCUACUGAGCUGUGUGAGUACGGUGACCAGCCUGUGUCCACACAGAGAGGAUGCAGUGCUGCAACGACUGAUGCAGACACUUACAAGGCGCCCCCAAGAGGAAAUGGGAAGCCUUGCAACUUUGAUGAAGGUCCUGAAGGCGAGUUUAAGAGAAACCUUCCACAACUACAGAUACCUCACAAGGGCCUGCAGCACCAGUGCUACACUUUGAAGAGCACAGUCCAUAUCAGAACCAAAAACUAACAGAGUUACAGUUUUUAUUUUAAAAGUUGGUGGUAUCUGGGCACCUUAUUGUGGGCAAAAUCAAGAAAUAUAAUAGGCCCUUUUCACAGGAGACAUUUUGACAAGUCACAGUAAGAAAAGCACAUGUGUAAAUGAUAAAAUAAACAAUAGCUAAAUUCCAUUUAGCUGCUUUAGUUUCUGGGUCCUGGUAUUGUCCAUGUGGGAUCACUGUCAGACUGUCAUGGCUUACUGGGACACUUCAAUAGAACAGAGCCACCCUUAAUGUUAUUAGUAAAACCUUUGUGCUUCUGUGUUUUUCCUACUAUGACAAGUUGUCUGCUGUGAAAAAGGCCAAUUACUAUGGAUCUUUUUGGAGCCCUAGGUGAGAUUUGGCUUCUGGAGUCCUCCUCCAGAUCUUACUGUUACCACCCAAUUAAAUCUUCCUCUUAUCACAAGUACACAAUGGAUGUGGAUUCAACACCUGUAUAUUUAGAUAUUGUAAUAAGAACUGUGAUCUUCCCACUCGUGUCCCAGCCUAAGCUGACUCUCGCUGCUUCAGUUUUAACUGAACUCUCACAAACUACCACCACUCAGAGGGCAAUAAAUGCAUGAAAAUGUCCCAAUCACUCAAAAAGGAGCAUAAGAUGAUUUAGUAAGUAGAUACAAGGUUUUGGGUGAAGUCUUCGGUCAUAUAGAUUUUUGCGUUUAUAUCCCUAUCAUUUUCAUGCAUUUAUUUGCCCUUUAUGAACAGUUGGUACAAAGUCAGUCUUGUGUGGUUACAGUGGAUUAAGAAGAAUGAUCCAUAAUUCACUUAUGUCAUGGGCCAGUCCUGCAUAUUGUGCUGGAACAGUAGUUAAACUUGAAAUAAAGCUCCUAAAUUAGAAUGCAAUAAUGACAUUGAUACAAUGUUUACUGUAGGCUAAUACAUUUUCUUUCAUGUCUACUUUUAGUAUAUGUACUACUGUACUUUAGUAUUAGCAGAUUAUAUCCAGACAGUGUGUCCACAGUGUGACCUUGUGGCCUGUUUCAGCCUUUCGUACCUAAUAAAUCAUUUACACCAUC